AUGAAUUUGGUAUUUUCGGCCUUAGAUACAAUACAACGAAUUACAUUAGUUUUGUUUCUAUUAUUAGCAAUACAAUGUUUUCUCGGUAUUGGAUUAGGAAUUGGUUACUUAGUAGAAUCACCAUUAUAUAACACAAUAAUUGGUUUAAAUCAAGCAUUCAAUAGACAAACAUAUUUUUCAAUAUAUGCGGCUCAUUUGUUAUUGAUUAUUAGUAGUGGUCUUGUGGCAGUUCCAAUUGUUCUUGGUAUAUUGGGUAUAGUUCAGCGUCGUUGGCGUUUUCUCAUGACUUGUUUAGCCUUUCUAUCGUUGUAUAUGGCUGCUCUAUCUGGUAGUGUGGCAUGUGGUUUUGCUAUUUAUGAUCAAUUGGAUCCAACUCUAAAACAAGAUAGUACACAAACAAAUGCUCAAAUAUGGACAAAUAUUCAAACAACUUAUAAUUGUACACGUACAAAUUGUAUACAAGUACUCGAAACAGCCAUGUAUGCAAAUAAACAACGUAUCGGUAUUAUAAGUAGCUGUUUUUUACUCGUACCACUAUUAACAAGUAUUAUGAUUAUAUUACAUAUGAGAAGAGAUUUACUUUAUUUUAAAUAA